AUGGCAUCAAAACUAUCGCGAUUCUUCCAUAAUGGUGCCGGUCUGGAGAAGACACUCCGUCUGAUCCAAUCCAUGGCCCAGAUAGCUGCGGUGUUUAGUGUGUCUAGCACCGCUGUACGACUGACCACGACCAAGUUACAAUUAGCUUUGUCACGCCGUUUCUUCCGCUUCUUUGGAUUUCUCGACUCCUUCCAACGUGUUUCGACAUUAUUGAGCAAUGGAGAGAUGAAGUCUGUGGCUGGCUGUUUGGACCUGGCUCAGUGGACCUUCUUUGGACUUUACUUUGUGCUGGAGGAUCUGACUAUCCUGCAUGCAAUGGGUGUCUAUGCUGUAUCAUGGGAAGAGUCAGUGAUGCGUGAGGCCAAUAAAUUCUGGCUCUAUGCAUUGACUGUCUCUAUUGUUGGCAGUCUUUAUGCUCUUCUCUUUGCUGCGCCGAGGGAGGCUCAGGUCGAUGAGAAGGUGGACGAGAAAAAGAGCUGCAAGGCUAAGAAAGCCGAGAGCACUAUGAUCAGUACAAAGACGGGACUCGUGAAGAAGAUUGUGCUGGAUAGCUGCGAUAUCCUGAUUCCUAUCAGUCUUCUGAAGUGGCAUCCCAUUGGAGAUUUAGAAGUGGGGAUAACUAUGGUUAUCAGCACAGUGUGGACUGGGCUCGAUAUCUGGUCCCAGAUGUGA